AAAAACAAACAAAAUUUUCUAAUUGUAUUAUUGCAGUCAAAACUCAAAAUCAAAAUAUUGUCUUCUUUACGUUCAUGUAUUAUAUGUAAUCCUUUUAAUUACUAAUUGUUUAUAUUAAAAAUGGGAACAGAGAUUCAAGGUGAUGAUUAUGAUCUGCCGUGUUCAGAUGAUGAACUUUCAAAAAGUGGGGUCUACAUUGGUAAGAAUUGGAUGCCAGAUCCAUCGGAAUUAGAAGAGCUAUACAAAACAAUUGAGAAAUCAGGUCCAUUGAAUCUUGAAUGGAAAUGUCCGGGAAGACGAGCACCUUCGCCGAUACCAGUGAGUAAAGAAAACCAACCCGUAGAGCCUUCAUCUCCAAUACGGGAGGAAAAAUCAGACUUCGACUUCAUGGACGAAGUGAGCUCUCUUCGCCUUAGAGUUCGAAGAGAAGGGGAAGAUACACUUCGAGGAUCUGCUAAAAAGAAAACUACAUCGUUUGACGGAAUUCUAUCCAAUAUGAUAAGGCACAAAAGGAUAGAACAACAAGAGAAACAGGCAAACACACCUACUAGCACACCAUCUAGUAGUGCGAGUUGAGAAAUAUGUUGUGUUUAAGUAACUAGUAGUAUUGGACUGUAAAUUUGUAACUAUUAUUGAUAGUGUUUUAUAAGUAAAAAUAUAUCUAGUAAUUUUGUCACAAUAAAUAUGUUCAAACCACAGAUUUUGAGUAGGCUAGAUACCACAUGUUAAUUAGAUAAUUUUAAAAUGGAGCAUGUCAUCAUAUCUCAUCUUUGAUGAAGUCUCACGAGCCAUACUUGAACAUCAUAAUAAAUGAUUUUAAAAUUAAUUUGGCAUUUGAGCCACAGAAUUACUUAUUGAUGGUAGUUAAUAAGUCCAUUGACUUAAUUAAGUUCCCUAGAAGAAUUUUCACAGUUUAUAAAAGCAUUAUUACAUAAACUAAAAUAGAAGGGAAUCAAGUAUGUGCAUAUCACAAAGUUUGGGUAUGCUUGGUCAGACGGCUUGUUGUAUGUAGCCUACUCUAAAUCAUUGGUUCUAACAUUGUUCAUUGUAUAGAUUAAACAUAUAUUAUAUUAAUUGAGGUAUUGUAUAAUUAGUUUGUGCUAUCUUCAUUGUCCAAUGGUAUGCCUGCAUUUAUAGCUUAAAUCUGAAAUGAGGGUAAUGAGGAAAUUGGCUGAUAAUUUUUCUAUGUAGAGCCUAUUCCAACCAAAGUAGGAAUAAAGAUAACCAAAUCUUAAACAUAUUUCAUGCAAUUUGCUGUUAACUCAGCUAUAUUCUACACUACUAAGAGUUUAUGAUUAAUAUAUCUUUAUUUUUAAUACAACACUAUUACUCUAAACUACUUGUACCCAAUUUAAUUGUACUUCCAAAAUUACAUUAACAGUUUUGAUGACAUUCAAAAUGCCAUUUAGUUGCAAAUCUGUAGUGAAUAUCAUAGAUUAAUAAAGCUCUCGGCUGAUGAUACAAUGUCAAUUUGCUGUCCAAUGUUAUUUGUUUGGCUUUUCUCUUCUUUUGGUUGGAAUAGAAUUUAUAUGGAUGUUCUUCCUAGAUUAAUAAAUGAUAAAAGAGUAAAAAACAGAAUACAAUAUAAA